UGAUCCUGAUCCUGCUUCCAGCCUUCAGAAAUCUCAUCCCUUCGGAUUUCUAGAACAUUCUACGAAAACUUGCAAACCAUUCAAUCGAUGGAUCAUAAAAUUUCCUCUGUUUUUCUUUUCUCCCCCACAUAAUUUUCCCAGGAAACAAACAGUGUCAGCGGCCCUCUCAUUUCCAAUCAAUCAAAAUGCCUAUGGCUGCUCUAGUGAGCUCUCUCCUUCAGUCUCCAGCCCAGAUCUCCCAUUUUGAUUCUUCUUAUGGGUUUUUUUCGCCAUCCAGAAUCCGUCGGACUGCACCCAAUAUCGGGCUCAAGAGUUCCCGCCGGCGGCCUCUGCUUUCCGACGACGGCCGACCCAGAAGAAGCUUCUCGCUGAAGUCAGCUUCCGACAAUGUUUACUCGGAUCCUGCGGCGGCCUCUCCGUCUAUUGAUGGCGAAGACAAGGCCAACUCUGAGCUUCUUGCAUCCUUGAAGCUCAAGCUACUGAGUGCAGUUUCAGGGUUAAAUAGAGGUCUUGCUGCAAACGAGGAUGAUUUACAGAAGGCAGAUGAGGCUGCCAAAGAGAUUGAAGCUGUUGGAGGGCCUGUGGACCUUUCAGUUGAUCUUGACAGAUUGCAAGGGAGAUGGAAACUUAUAUACAGCAGCGCAUUCUCAUCUCGUACUUUAGGCGGAAGUCGACCGGGACCUCCCACGGGAAGGCUACUUCCCAUUACUCUUGGUCAGGUUUUUCAGCGGAUCGACAUCAUCAGCAAAGAUUUUGAUAACAUAGUGGAGCUUGAGUUAGGUGCUCCAUGGCCUUUACCCCCAGCUGAAGUCACUGCAACAUUGGCUCACAAGUUUGAAGUCAUAGGGUCUGCUAAGAUUAAGAUAACUUUUGAGAAAACGACUGUUAAAGCAACUGGGAACUUGUCACAGCUUCCACCGUUGGAAAUACCUCGGAUUCCUGAUGCGUUAAGGCCUCCAUCUAACACCGGAAGUGGCGAUUUUGAAGUCACUUACCUUGACAGUGACACCCGGAUCACCAGAGGAGACAGAGGAGAACUCAGGGUGUUUGUUAUCUCAUAAUAUUAUACUACUGUCAUGGUGCAUUGCCUUUGCUGUAUCCACCUCAAGUUCAAACAUCUCAUACACGGUAUCGCAGUUUUACCAUCAACCGUUGUUCAUUGACUCUUGGAUACCGACUCAAACUCAGAGAUCAAGUUCUGUAGCCAUAGUUAGGAAGAGGAAAACAGAAAGUCUCCGAAUUUUUACAUUGUUCACUGUAAGUAGUUUCAUUUCCAGCCAUUCUGAAAUGUAAAGUGGUUAAUAGUCCAUCCGUCUUUUCCGCUUUGAUCGUGACGUUUCAGAUAUCGAAGCUUUUAAGUUACAAAACAUAACUCUAAUGAUGUUAUAAAGCCAAAUCCAUUGCGGGCUCUUAUGACAGCUUAAA